UUAAUGCACAAUUGCUUUGGUCUUUAACAAUAAAAGAUUUCAUUUAUCAGUCGAUUGCUGCUUUUGUGGGGGAGAUAAAAGCUAAAAAUUAUGGCAGAAAUUCACCAACAAAAAUUAUAUCGCGAGCAACUUAUUAAAGAGGCAUCGAAAAUACGUUUUUUGGCCAUAAGCACUAUUGCUUUAAGUACAGUGUCGCUAGCAAGUGUUGUUCUCGCUAUACCCUUUUUAUUUUUAAAAGUGCAAUCAACGCAAUCGGAAGCAAAAGUUGUGUAUUUUACUUAA